GUCUCGAGAUGCUGCAGCUACCGCAGCCGGGGUCAUUCUCAUCCUUUCCCUCGGCAUUUGCAGCAUUCGCCUCGCAGUUGCAGUCACCCCACUUUCAGUCGCUAAUACAAUCUCAAGUGGCAGUUCUGCAAUCGCAGCAUUUUGCCGCCUUGCAGACCACGAAUUCGUCAACCUCGGAAUCAAAACCGAAGAUGAAUUUCGACUAUGCUGUACCUCGAAAACGUGUUGGUGGCUCAACCAUGAAAACUGCCAAAGUGUGGCGGUUCUUCGACGAGUUGCCAACACCGGAGCAGGCAGCGGAGUGCCGAUUGUGUCGGAAGAAAAUAAAGGCCACCAACAGCAGCACUACUGGUAUGAUACGACAUCUGCGAAGUUGCCAUGUACAAGAAUAUCAGCAAGUUCAAGAAGCACGUCAGUCAACACUCAUUUUAAAAAUGGAAGAAAAAGCCCGAGCCCAAUUGCUGAGGGAAAUGAACACUCAGGUCGCAUCGACAAUGGUUGCCCAUAUCGCAAAGAAGACUUCGCCAGAACCUCAAAAGAGUCCUUCCGCCUCUUCUUCCGCAAGUGACACCGCUUCCUCUGUAGCUUCUUCAUUAUUUGGAUCCACGCUUCCUCCAAUGUCUAUUGCUCCAACAGGAUUACCCGCACCUAAACCGGUGAAAAUCUUUGCGCAACCGAUAGCAAUCAAAGCGGAAGCUACCGAGGUCGAAGAUGACGUGCACGAGCCAACGGAUCUCAGCGCAAAAACAUCGGCAUUCGCAACACCCGCCCAGAAAAGGACCACAGACGAGAUUGAAAAUGACUUAGAACAACACGACACCGCUACACCGCGCCAUUUCGCAUUACGUAGUGUUGACGAACGGAAGAUCAAUGCGCAGAUCGCAAUGAUGAUGCUUAUUGAUCAGAUUCCAACAAAAAUAGUCGACGGACACGGAUUCCGAAGUUUGAUGAGUUUUCUGUUGCCUGAAUAUCCAAUGCCAUCAGCAGAACUAUUUGAGUCAACUAUAUGCCCAGAGGUGAUCACUCAGAUACAGCCGCAUUUGACUUCGAUGUUCACGGCUAACAAUCCACAUUCAAAUCCAUUUGAAUCGUUAGUGCAGAUGCUAAAGAAGAGAAAAUUUUCACCAGAUGUUGGCAGCUCCUCAUUCGAGACUAGUACAUCAAAGGCCAAGCAAGAGGAGGAUAGCGACAGUUCCUGCUCAGUGGAAAUUGACACAGAUUUGUCUCACAUGAUUGACUUUUUCAUUCAGUAUAUUGGCCGAUCUCCACUAAACAAGGAAGAGUUGAUUCCGUUGCUGACGAUUUGCCACAGCGUUUUUGGAUAUUUCGAAGAUCGACCUGCCCUAAUGGAGGAAUUAUCUCUCACAGCACCAUCAGUGAAACCGCAACAGCCGGCUUUGCUUCGAGACGUGCUUUUUGUCGCUGAGCAUGCCGAUCGCAUAAAUACAUAUAUCCGCGCCACUCCAGAUAUGGCACUGCUGCCGAUCUCUGAUGCACAGUCACAAUCGCUCGCUGAGCUUGUCCACCAUGUACGAAAAAUUUGACAUUUUUACUUUUAGGUUGUCAAAAGAAUUGUUCAUUCUGUAGGCGUCGUAUCUCUUUCAAAACAGCCAUGUAAAUACCCUUUUAACUGUACUGCUGGCUUUAAUGUUAGGCAGCAAUAUACGGCUCAUUCGAGCCGGGUCUAUUUGCUGUUUUUCUGCAGGAGCUGCUAAGUCACAAUUCUACAAUUACUGUAGAAGUGAUUUUGUUGAGUUGCAUACGACUCAUUGCUUAUAAUCAUAAAUAUUGUCACUUGAGUACUCAUCUCCUUGUUCCCACGUACAGCUUUACAGUUUGCGCAACCAUUGCUGAGCGAGCUUUUUAUAGAUUACAUUAGGAUACUGCUAAGUACGAGAAGUGAUUGUAGUGUAUUAUCAUAAACUUAGAAUACAUGGAAUCGUUGUUCAGCAGCGUUACA